ACGAACACAAAAUCUGGUUCAAGCGCUAAAUUCCAGAACCGACCCAUCGAAAUCCGAAUCACCCCGUUGUCUUCCUCAUGCAGCCUUGUCGUGUCGCUCUGUUUCUCUCCCACGUUGUGGUUGCUCCCUUUUAUGGGUCUUAAGUUUUCUCUCACUUUUCCUCCAUUUUCUCCCUCACCGAGCAGGGAGCCUCAGGAGGCAGUUUCAUGCUGCCCACGAAUUCGUAGUGUGCGAUGAGGCUGUACGUGUACGUGCUGCAGGCGAAGGACUUACCGGUGAAAGAUACGUACGUGAAGCUUCAAAUCGGGAAGCACAAAUCGAAGACGAGCGUUGUUAGGAACACGAAGAACCCUAUUUGGAACGAGGAGUUCGUGUUCAGGGUCAGUGGUGUCGGAGAAGGCGAUGAAGUGGUCGUGUCGGUUCUUCAGCAUGAACAGGAUUCGAGUCUUUUCAAUGUCUCUGCUGGGUUGAUUGGCCGUGUUCGGAUACCACUUCCGUCCAUCACAGGGGAAGAGAAUCAGACUGUGUUGCCGACCUGGUUCGUGUUCGAAAAACCCAGGAACGGAAAGUUUGUGAAUAUAGAAUGCGGGAAAAUCCUUCUCAGCCUUUCUUUGCAGGGAAAAUUGGAAGGUAUUCCUAAUGACCAAGACCUUUGUGACGAGCCGGGCAUCAACACGGAGGAUUCGAAAGAAUAUGAAGGACCAGCUAAAGAUUUGGUUUCCUCGAAAGUCGGGCGACGCAGUAAACAUCAUGAAGGGAAGAAAUUGAUGAAAGCAAUUGUCAACAACCUUGAUAAGCUGUUUCAUAAGAAGGAGGAUAUGACUAAAGGAAAUGAUAAUGAUCCAUCAGAACACAGCUCAGCAUCCAAUUUUGAGGAUUCCACGGAUGGAUCUUCUAUCCCUUAUAAGUCCACUGGCUUUGAAGAUGGACUUGAUUUGAUGCAAUCCAGGGACAGCGAAAAUGACGACAUGCCUGAGAAUCUUCCGGGUGGGGUUCUUGUCGACCAGAAUUAUCUGGUCUCACCCAGUGAUCUUAACAGAUUUCUUUUCUUACCAAGUUCGCAGUUCAGGAAGGAGUUGGCUGAAAUUCAAGGGAUAACAGAUUUACAGGAAGAGCCUUGGAUAAUGAAGCAGGGAGAUAAUCCUUCUCUGGCACGGGUUCUGACAUACAUGACAGCUGCAACAAAGAUGGUAAAGUCUGUCAAGGCCACUGAGGAGCAGGUUUAUCUUAAAGCAAAGGGGCAACAUUUUGCAGUUCAUGCUACCGUUAAUACACCAAAUGUUCCAUAUGGUAGCACUUUUAAGGUAGAGUUGCUUUACAAGAUCCAACCUGGAAUCGAGCUACCUUCUGGUGAGGAAACUUCUCGGCUGAUUGUAUCAUGGAGAAUUCAUUUCCAUCAAAGUACCAUGAUGAAAGGUAUGAUUGAAGGAGGUGCUCGGCAAGGGCUGAGAGAGAGUUUUGAACAGUUUGCUGAAUUGCUUGCUAAGAAUUACAAGACUCUUGAUUCGGUUAGUUUGUUGGACAAAGAUCAGGUUCUAGCUACAUUAUCAGAACAGAAGCCUGAUCUGAAAUCAGCUUUCCAAUACUUCUGGAGUUUCUAUGUCAUCUGUGCUGUUCUUAUGUUUGUGUAUGUUAUGGCUCAUAUUCUGCAUUGUGAACCCAGCAAAGUCCAGGGUUAUGAGUUCUAUGGACUUGAUUUGCCUGAUACCCUUGGAGAGCUUUUUACUAGCGGAAUACUAGUCCUUCUGUUGCAGCGUGUGUAUAGGAUGAUCAUGCACUUUGUAGAAGCAAAUUUGCAUAGAGGAUGUGAUCAUGGAGUUAAAGCCAGUGGCAAAGGAUGGAUUCUCACGAUAGCUUUAAUUAAAGGCACGAAUUUGGCUUCAGUGGAGAGCACAGAGCUUUUUGAUCCCUACGUUGUUUUCACGUGCAAUGGGAAAACGAGAACAAGCUCUGUCAAGCUUCAAGCUCAAGAACCUCAAUGGAAUGAGGUAAUUGAGUUUGAUGCAAUGGAAGAACCACCAUCGGUAUUAGAUGUUGAGGUCUUUGAUUUUGAUGGUCCCUUCGACCAGGGUGCCUCUCUCGGGCAUGCUGAGAUAAAUUUCUUGAAACUUACACCGGAUGAACUUGCGGACUUGUGGGUUCCACUUGAGGGUAAUCUUGCCCAAGCUUCUCAGUCAAAGUUACAUUUGAGGAUCUUCCUGGAGAACAACAAUGGGGUUGAAACAAUGAAGGACUACUUGACUAAGGUUGAAAAGGAAGUCGGGAAGAAGUUGAAUAUUCGGUCACCACAGAAGAACUCUGCUUUCCAGAAACUCUUUGGACUGCCGCAUGAAGAAUUUCUUCUUAAAGAGUAUACAUGCCAACUGAAGAGAAAAAUGCCUUUGCAGGGCAAGCUCUUCCUGUCUGCCAGAAUUGUGGCAUUCUACUCCAACUUUUUCGGACACAAAACCAAGUUUUACUUCCUCUGGGAAGACAUUGAUGAAAUUCAAGUGCUUCCCCCAACGUUUGCUUCUUUAGGCAGCCCUUUGCUGCUCAUCAUUCUGAAAAAAGAUCGAGGUCUAGAUGCGAAACAUGGAGCAAAGUCUCAAGACGAGGAAGGAAGACUUUGGUUCUAUUUCCAAUCAUUUGUGACAUUUGAUGCGACCAGCAGGACGACUAUGGCUAUAUGGAAAACAAGGGUUCUAAGCGGAGAUCAUAGAGAAGAAAUGGCAAAAGAAGAAGAAACUGGGGGGAUACCCUUCUUGCCUAAAGAUGUUGUUUCAGAUGCCGACGAAUUCAAGAUGUCGAAGUUGUACACUUGCGAUUCACCCAUCAACGUGGAUUUGGCUAUGGAGAUUUUCGGAGGAGGUGAGAUUGAGCGUAAGAUCAUGGAAAAGUCUGGGUGUCUAAGUUACACGAGCACAAUGUGGGAAUCCGUAGAACCCGAUGUCUCUGAAAGACGGAUCUCUUACAAGUUCAAUCACCAUGUUUCGAUUUUCGGAGGCAGUGUCACCUGCGAGCAGCAGAAGUCUCCUGCUUCUGAUGGUGAAGGGUGGAUCGUGACCGAGGGCGUGACCCUUCAUGACGUCCCAUUCGGCGACCAUUUCCGUGUUUACAUGAGAUAUGAGAUCAAGAGAUCGGGGGUUGCUUGCGAGGCAAGUAAGUGCGAUGUCUACGUAGGGAUCAGGUGGUUGAAAGCCACCAAGUUUCAGCAGAGAAUCACUCGGAAUGUGUUGGAGAAAUUCAGGAUUCGAUUGAAGGAAAUGUUUGAUUUGUUGCAGAAACAGGUUUUGACAUCAUCAUCAUCAUCACAAAAUGUUUUAGAGAAAUAGCAUCCCUGUAGAAAUUAGUAGCAGCGUCUCUCUCUCGUAAAUGUUUUUGCAAGGCUUCAAAGGAACAAAGAAGAAAUGCAUUUUAUUCCCAAUUUUUUUUUUUUUAUAUAGUGUUUUGAUAUUUCAA